AGUGUGUGAAGCCCAAAUUAUUGGGCGUUAAAAGUAAAAACUCAUGUUUUCUUCCGCGCGGACGGUCUUCGUCGUCGAAUCUCCGUUGCAGUCUCAGUCUCUCGCAUAUCACGGCUUGCUCUUCAAACUCUCCAUUGCUUGUGUUUCAAUUUCUGGUAUUCAUUAGCUGAGACAUGGAUAAGGAGACCCCCAAUAUAAAGAAGUGGGUUGUUCUUUAUCCAGUCUAUAUUAACUCGAAGAAAACUGUGGCUGAAGGGAGGCGAAUCAGUGUCGCAAAAGCGUGCGAGGGUCCUACUUGUGCUGAGAUUGGUGAUUGCUGCAGCUAUUUUAAACUCCCAUUUGCAAUCGAGAUAGACAAGGCUUAUCCACGUGAUUUCAUGCAAAUUGGGAGAGUGAGGGUCUUGCUCAAAAAGGAAGAUGGAACUCCAUAUAAUCCAGACAUUACUUCCAGAAAACAGCUGAUGCUGAAAGUUGCAGAGAUGGUUCCUAGGCAUCCUGGUAGGACUAAGAAGCAGGAGCCCGCUGCAUCCACUUCAAGUGCUGGACCUGCCAAAUCUGGGAAACAUGGAAAGAAAAAGAGAUAGCUCUGCCGCUGCAGUCUCACAAAUUGUCAUACUUUUUCUUUGGCAUUGAACUCUACCAGAAACCGCACGCUCCCGUUGAAUAGGAUCCUAGUUUUCAAUCUGUCGUAACUCAUUGUCAGCUUAGACAUUUCUUGUUGUACACCUUAUUUAAGUUUGCGAAUGCAUACACAGGACAAUAUCAACCAUCAUGUUUGACGAUGAUUUAUUUGGUUUGAUUAGGAUGAUUUAUUUGGUUUUGUUAGAACAUUUUCCUUUUGGAAAGUUGGAGAUCAUUUUUCGUGUC